AUGGAAAAUUUAGAACUGCUUACAUCAUUUCAGACACUCCCAAAGAAUGUGGUUGUCCAUACUUCUGACUACAGUAUCCUUAUAUCUACUGGGUUACCUAUAGCUUUCCAAGAUAAACUGGCAUCAUUUGGAAGUUCAUGGAAGCAUCUAUGUAAAUAUGGAAAUGACGAUGUGAUCAUAUUGGAAAGAUAUGGUAGCAACUAUUGGAUAUCAUAUCCAACUUCAAUUCGUGAUAUAGACGAAAUACCAAAGCCAUUAGCAGAACUUGACAAGGAACCAAACACAGAGAGACCUAGCAAAAUAAUCGAAUUUUAUAAACAGGAAUUUUUAAAGAUAUUAGAAGAAAUGGAUAUUGACAAGACCCAGGCUCCAGUAGUAGGGAAUUUGAAGUUGAAUAUGUUACCUCCAGAUACAACAAUAGAAAAUAUUGCUCCUACUACUUACGAUCCAAAAGCAUAUCUAGAAAUUAAAUAUAACGAAAGCUUAUUUUCUACAAAUAAUCCUCUGGUGUAUUUUGUGAAGUCAUCAUUAAGUAGGCUACGAAGCAUGUGCAAGACGACAGACAAGGUUGAAUAUUUGACGUUAUAUAAAGAUAACAUUUUGGAGUUCUUCUUGGAUAUUGAUUCAUUUAAUAAGAAACAUCAAGGUAAUAAACUCAUUGCUAUUCCUUCAGAAAAAGAUACAACAGAGAAGAACAGAAGGUUGUAUUUACAGCAAUUGAAUGUGAAUCUAGAAGAAGAAGAGAUGGUUAUUAAAAAUGAUAUAGGAAUGUUAUUGAAACUUCGAGAAAUUAAAUUACAAAUCAUUCUUAUAUUGGAAUUGAUUAUUAUCAAUGAUUUAGAUUCCAAAUUUGUAGAAUUUGACAAAGAAUAUGCCAAUCGGUUAAAGAAAAGGUCGUUAAAUUUAACCAAGCCUAGUGUAUUUAAGAGUAGAAGAAGAGUGAAAAUAAAAUUAAAUGAAGAUAAGAACACUACUGAAUUAGAUAAUAAAAAGAAUAAAUCUGAUUUUAUUGAGCAAUUAGAUUUAUAUCUAGAUAAUUUGAAUAUUCUAGAUAUUUUAUUGGCAAGCGAGCCAGAAAUGAUGGAUAAUGAAAACUUAAGAAAGAUCCAAGAACAAAAACUAAAUUUAAUGAAUAAGACAAAAGAGGCUUCUUCAGUCGGAUUUAUUAAUUAUAUAUUAAUCCCAUUUUAUAAUAAAAGGGUACCGAACGCAAUAAAGUUCAUUGCAAGUAAAUUAAAAGCUCCAAGUUUGAAAUCUAGAGAGAACUUUGGAAAAUCGUCAUCAAAAAACUCUCUAUCAGACUUACAAUUUGAUAUGAAAAAUUUCGAAAAUGGUAUCGGUAGUUCUCAAAGCUCUUCCAGAUAUAGUUCAACACCUUCGUCACCUAAAAUUAAGAUGCCACCUUUCUUGAAAAGGACAUCAACAAUUCAGAAGGCUCCCAAUUUCAUUAUUGAGCACUCUAGUUCUAAUUUAUCAGAAUUUUUGGAGUCAAAACAGUCAUUUAGUAAGCCAGCUUCACUCAGUAGAACAAAUUCCGAUUUGAGUAUGCUUCAAAAAAGACAAUUAUCGGUGACCGAAUUAGCAACUUCUUCGCAGGUGAUAUCGACGACAUCACUUGUAGUAAGUGAGCUUCCAGGAAAUGCACUUAAACGGUCUUAUAACGAUGCACGUAAACAGAAAUCAUUCCGCAGAGUCGGUAAAAUGAAAUCCACCACUACACUUGCUGAAAUGGUUAAUGAAAGACCCAGAGGUGAUAGAAAUUCCGAGGAAAUGGUUCAAGUCACAGCAACUCCAUUAACCAAAAGAAGAGAAGCCCUUAAGAGUGAUAUAUUGAAUAAUAUUAUAGAAUCACCUGUUAUUGCAGAAACAUCACUCUCUGAAGGUAAAAUUAUACAAGACUCACCAUAUAGUUCUACGCAAGAAUUAGCAACCAAGGUGCAUUCCCCUAAUGUUAGGAAGAAAGUCAAAAGACGGCUAUUUGCACCUUCGACAUAA